CCCCAGAGUGAUGAGGUAUCUCCGGUCCCCCGCAUAUGCCCACCUGGCUGCUCCGGUGGCCCCCAACAGCAAUUCAUUGUGCUGCCGCCAAGAAUGUUUGUUCUUCUUUCAAAAAUGGAUUUUCCUUUUUAUAUGAACAGAGCAACUCCUAAUCCAGUCAGAAUGCAGAGGUCUGAGCAAGCCUCCAAAUGCAAGGAUAUAUGGAGUAACAACUGGUCAUCGUCAAUCAAGAAGAAAAGAUAUUCUGAAGAUUAUUAUUUACAAAUAGUUGGGAAACUACACAACUGUACCUGGAAUAGGAGACCACAAGAAUAUACCAAAUUCAGGGCAGAGCUUGCUUCAUGCUGUGAUGCUGUUCAUAACUUUAUUGCUUCUCAAAAUAAUACCCCACUGGGAAGCAACAUGACUUACGAAGUGGACAAUAAAAAAACCAUCCACAUUACAGAGGACAUAUUCCGGAUGUUGCCAGAGUCUCAGCCUCUGGAUUUCCCUUUCAAGCACUGUGCAGUUGUUGGAAACGGAGGGAUCCUUAAGAGCUCCAAUUGUGGAGCUGAAAUUGAUAAAUCUGACUUUGUGUUUAGGUGCAACCUUCCCCCAACCAGUGGAAGUGUCAGUCAAGAUGUUGGCAAUAAGACAAACCUUGUAACUGUUAACCCAAGCAUUAUAGCCCAGAAAUAUAACAAACUGAAUGGUCAGAAGGCCACCUUCCUGGAAAACAUUGCGAACUAUGGAGAAGCUUUCCUUUUGCUACCUGCCUUUUCCUUCAGGAGCAACACAGCAGCAUCUUUCAAAGUACAUCACACCCUGAAAGAAUUCAGCGCAAAGCAGAAGGCCAUAUUUUUCUAUCCCAGGUAUCUCAAAAGUCUGGCUCAGUUCUGGAGGACUAAGGGUGUCAAAGCCUACCGGCUGUCUUCUGGCUUCAUGAUCACCAGUGCAGCGGUGGAACUCUGUGAAAAUGUGAAGCUGUAUGGUUUCUGGCCUUUCUCAAAAAACAUAGCAGGCAUCCCCAUAAGUCACCACUACUAUGACAACCAACUUCCAAAGCCUGGUUUCCAUGCCAUGCCCAAGGAGUAUAACCAGAUUCUUCAGCUCCAUGGAAGAGGUAUCCUCAAGCUGCAGUUCGGCAAAUGUCUAACAGAGUAGCCCAAGGUAUAUUUUCAGGAGGGGGGGACACUUUCUUCUGUCAAGGUCCUGCAUUCCCAUCUUGGUGGAGGGGACAACAGUUUAUUGAAGGGCGAUGCCAGAAGGGGUUGAUGCUGAAGCUCAAAUUGGGUUAUAAAAGCUCCUUUCUCUCUGUCUUUCUGACACUCCUUUUUCUUUCUUUGUGACAGUUCUUUUGUUUCUAACUUUCCCUUCUCUGAUUCUCUCUGUCUUAUCCACCCAUUGACACUUCCCAAAAUUUGAACUUAUUGCCUACAAAGGGUUUUUGAAAUGAGGACAACUGCACAGAAUUAGGGUGAGAACCAGAGGGUGCACUGAGAUCAUGAGUUUGUCAUUUUUAUUUUCAAUAGAAGAGAAUGUUUAUAGUUCAGGGUUGAACUGUGGAGUCCUUGGUGAUCUCUGAGCUUGCUUGCUUGCAGAUGUCUCAUUACCCAACUAAAUAAAACCGUCAGUGACUCACACUGAUGGUGUUACCUAGUUGGGUUAUGAAACGUCUGCAAGCAAACAACCAAGCACGUAGAGCACCAAAAACUCCAUAUUUUUACUUUACUUGAAUAUAUAGUCAUUAAUUAAGCAGCAAUGGCUUCAUGUUUUACAGCUGGGAUGGGCAAUCCGUGGCCCAUGGCCACAUACUACCCUCAAAUCCCUGGCUGCCAGACCUCUAUGAUUGAAACUGGCAGCACUGUUUGCUGUCAGUU